GAUACUGAGACUUCUUCCUCUGUUAACUACAAUGGCUCACUUCCUUGACCUUAACACUCUCGCCACCAGCUCCACUUUACCGUCGAUCCCUAAACUACCCGAGAGAAGUAAAACGGGAAAAUCCAGCGUGUUUGUUUGCAGGAAAGCCGACAAAGUUCAGGAACGGAUGUCAUUGGGAUUUGCUGUCUCCAUAGCUCUAACUGGAGCUCUCGGCGAAAGUAAUGUUUCCUUGGCAAAAGACAAUGGCUUUUGGAUCGAUGGUCCUCUUCCAACUCCUCCUAUUUACAACAAUAUCGUGAACGAGCAGACAGGGACGAGAUCGUUCUUGAAGAAAGGAGUGUAUGUAGCGGACAUCGGGACCAAAGGAAGAACGUAUAGAGUUAAAAAGUAUGCUUUCGAUCUCUUGGCUAUGGAGGACUUGAUCGGACCAGACACGUUAAACUAUGUUAAAAAGUACUUGAGGCUUAAAUCCACCUUCUUGUUCUACGAUUUCGACAAUCUCAUCUCUGUUGCUGCCUCCCAAGACAAGCAGCCUCUCACUGAUUUGGCCAACAGAUUGUUCGACAACUUUGAAAAGCUUGAAGAUGCAGCUAAAAGGAAGAACUUAGCUGAGACAGAAGCGUGUUAUAAAGAUACAAAGUUAAUUCUUCAAGAGGUUAUGAUCAGAAUGGCAUGAAGAGGCUCAGUUCGGUUCUAAACACCGUUUUACUUGCUGCUAAUGAAGAGAUCAUUCAUGUUCAUAACUCUUUAUUUGGUCAUGAAAUGUAAUAUUUGCAUAAUAUUUAUUUGUCUUAUGUUUUGCUUGCGUUCA